CCACAACACGCAACAGGACCACAAUACGCAACAGGACCACAACACGCAACAGGACCACAACACGCAACAGGACCACAACACGCAACAGGACCACAACACGCAACAGGACCACAACACGCAACAGGACCACAACACGCAACAGGACCACAACACGCAACAGGACCACAACACGCAACAGGACCACAACACGCAACAGGACCACAACACGCAACAGGACCACAACACGCAACAGGACCACAACACGUAACAGGACCACAAUACGCAACAGGACCACAACACGCAACAGGACCACAACACGCAACAGGACCACAACACGCAAAAGGACCACAACACGCAACAGGACCACAACACGCAACAGGACCACAACACGCAACAGGACCACAAUACGCAACAGGACCACAACACGCAACAGGACCACAACACGCAACAGGACCACAACACGCAACAGGACCACAACACGCAACAGGACCACAACACGCAAAAGGACCACAACACGCAACAGGACCACAACACGCAACAGGACCACAACACGCAACAGGACCACAACACGCAACAGGACCACAAUACGUAACAGGACCACAACACGCAACAGGACCACAACACGCAACAGGACCACAACACGCAACAGGACCACAACACGCAACAGGACCACAACACGCAAAAGGACCACAACACGCAACAGGACCACAACACGCAACAGGACCACAAUACGUAACAGGACCACAACACGUAACAGGACCACAAUACGCAACAGGACCACAACACGCAACAGGACCACAACACGCAACACCACAAUACGCAACAGGACCACAAUACGCAACAGGACCACAAUACGCAACAGGACCACAAUACGUAACAGGACCACAAUACGUAACAGGACCACAACACGCAACAGGACCACAACACGCAACAGGACCACAACACGCAACAGGACCACAACACGCAACAGGACCACAACACGCAACAGGACCACAACACGCAACAGGACCACAACAAGCAACAGGACCACAACACGCAACAGGACCACAACACGCAACAGGACCACAAUACGUAACAGGACCACAACACGCAACAGGACCACAACACGCAACAGGACCACAACACGCAACAGGACCACAACACGCAACAGGACCACAACACGCAACAGGACCACAACACGCAACAGGACCACAAUACGCAACAGGACCACAACACGCAACAGGACCACAACACGCAACAGGACCACAACACGCAACAGGACCACAACACGCAACAGGACCACAACACGCAACAGGACCACAACACGCAACAGGACCACAAUACGCAACAGGACCACAACACGCAACA